AUGACGUCAUACCUUUGGCGAAGGCUGGCCGACUUUGUUUCGUGGUAAUUUUGGGGCACUCUUACUUUUCGGAUUAUUUUUCCACAUGUUUUUUUAGUAUAUUGACCUCUUCCGAGAUUUUUUACUUGAAAUUUCGACGAUUUGUUGAUGCCUUUCGAUAUUUCUUUUCGGUCUUGCAGGAUGCACCCUCAAUACCUUGACAAGCACACUGUUACGGACUCGGCGGAUUCCCAUCGUGCUCUGCGAACACGACGUCACAUCUGGAGUGCCAAGACGUAUUCACAACGAAAGCGAAGGAUCGACGAGGGGCUACACUCUUAUUUGUUCUUUUUCGGCACUCUCCUUGAUGAUGAAACCCUUCACACGCAAUUAUUGGCUGAUCAAGGUAAAAUACGAGCCAUUUUUGUAGCAAAUCACAAAAACUUUUAUCAGUCUGUCGGGAAAAUAAAGGCGGAUCGUCGCAGCAAAAUGUCUCGCCUCGCCGCUAUCGCGCACCAAAUCGCAAGCCGCGGCUUGCAGUCGCAAAGCGAUGAUGAGCGACUCCGAGGCGCGACGAUCCGCCGUUUUUUUCCCGACAGACCGAUAUUUCGCUUGGAUUUUUUUAUCUUUUUCAUUCAAAAUUUUGAUGACUUUUCUUCAGGCGAUUGUUUUUUGAUCACUGCCCCACGCUCAGCCGAUUAUGAAAAGUAUGGAACUCACAGGAAAUGGCUGCUCGUAUUUUUGGCCAAUGAUCAUGUCAUCAUUAAAGCUCAGGUAUUAUCAGUUUUUACUGCCAAGCACACAGGCUGAAAUCAAAGCAUUUGGAAGUGUGUUCCCAUGUGGUCUAGUGGUUAGGAUUCGUGGCUUUCACCCACGCGGCCCGGGUUCGAUUCCCGGCAUGGGAAGAAAUCAUUUUUUUAACCGUUUACUAAACAUUGACACCGAUAUAUUAUACUUUACAGAAUUCCUUGUAUUUUAGGUCACUUUCCUCAGCAAACAUUUUGUAAUGCUCAAAGAUAGGAAAGUUCGUCUUGAAGAGUUCAUCCGAUCCCAGAACCUGCGACCAAUCGAAAGGCCAACGGUCUUCGACUCCUUUCAAAUUCAACCCAAACUACCCAUAAUCCCAGCACUCUCGUUUCCCAUUGCUCCAGAGAUCUUUCCCCUAGGGCUGUUGUCUCAGAAGACUGCCUGUUUUGAUUCGAAACGAGGACUUCCAGUAAUGUGUAUGAACAUCAACACAGAGAACGAGGAUGUCAUCAACCAUAUUCGAAAUGAAACCGAGAGGAUGCUAAUCUUCGGGAAUGAGUAAGUUGGUAUUGAACUUGAUCAAUUUUGAGAUCAAAAUCAUUUUAUAUUACAAUUGACGUAGCUGAUGUCUAGUGUAAUAUAACGGCUGAAAGUUGAAUUUCAGAAGGAUUUGGCGACUCUGGGGAAUCUGCAGUCCUUGUUCAACCGAGUGCACUCUAGUUUUGGAAGAUAUUGUCUACGGAAGUUUGGCGGCGUACGUUCGAAAACAUUGGGACAAAGACCAAGUAAGUGGAAGAUGAAAAGUAUACUUCGUAUACGACUCAGCAAUCUAAGACCUCUAUUAUUACCCAUUUCAGCUCCUCAGAUUCUCCCUUCAGACCUGCGACGCGCUAAGAUAUCUGGAGAAGAUGAAUUUUGUCCAUCAUCAGCUCGAUUUAGACUGCCUAAUGCUGACUUAUGACCAUAAUAUUAAGCUCGCAAUCUACGGGCUACUCCCGGACGAGCUUCUCCCAUUAGAAACGGGCUGCCAUUCGUUGGAUAAAAUUCGAUGGAGCCCUUGGGAAUGUCUUCCGGAGCCUAUUUCUACCCCAACCGGCCAAGGAAAUCUGGCCGGAGAGCAGUAUUCCUUUACGGGAAUGGUUUACACAUUUGGGUCAAUGGUCUGGUCAAUGUGUCAUGGAGGAAUGCUACCGUUUGAGAAUGAGAAGCCUGAGAAUAUCAAAAGCAAAGCCUUUAGAAUGGAAAAUUCUUUGGAAAUCGAGGAGAACCUAACACCAAACAAGUUGGAAUCGGUGAGGUUUAGACGAAGAAUUAGCAGGAAUCUAGCUUAAUUUGGAGGCAAAAUAAGGAAUAAGAGGCUUCAGUUUGUCGAAUCAAUUGUAGUUUUACCUUUAAUUCACCAAAAAUUUUUGAUUUUUUUGUUGCACUAGAUGGCUAGUAUAAUAUAAAAAAUUUUCGAUUCCCCAGGUUAUCACUAAAUGCUGGAGCCGCAAACCCUCUCAUCGCCCAAGUUUCAAGGACCUCAAGCAUCAACUCCGUCACGCAAUGCAGAAAACUAUCCAAUAA